ACACACACACACAGGAAUGCUGCUGGACGUUUCUGGUGGGGUGUGUGUGUGUGUGUAUAUAAGCAGCAGAGAGUCCGGACAUCAGACAGACAGACAGUCAGACUCCAGACUGAAGCUGCUGAUCUGAAACCAGACCUCCACCACCGUCAGGAUGUUGUGUCCCAGCGUCUUCCAGCCGUCCCCCGUCACCAUGAGGCCUUUCCUGGACCUGCACUGGCCCGUCCGAAGCCUGUGGCCCGAAACCCGGCCGCUCUUCCACCAGCUGGAGCAGGAGAUGAUCCGCCAUAUCCAAGAGAUGAGGCAGAGCAUGGAGUACAUGGAGAGGCUGCACCAGAAGAUCUUCGAUGAGAUCGACCAGACCCCCACCUUGACGGGGGUCUUCAAGCCCAUUGCCUUCCAGGAGCUGGGAAAGGACGGCAGCAGCUUCGCCCUUAGCCUGGACACUCAGGACUUCUCCCCACAGGAGCUGUCAGUCAAACAGGUGGGCAGGAAACUGAGGGUGAGCGGCAGAACCGAGAAGAAGAAGGAGGACAACAAGGGCUCAUACUCGUACACGUGUCAGGAGUUCAGGCAGGAGUUCGACCUGCCGGAGGGCGUCGCCCCCGAGGCCGUCACCUGCUCGCUGGUGGGCGGCCGGCUGCAGAUCCAGGCGCCCCGGGAGAGAGCCCUUCAUGACGGGAAGGAGAGGGUGGUCCCCAUCAGCGUCACCGCGGCCCCAGCUGUCGCCUCCUCCGGCGGGGGGCCGGAGGGGAGCGGCUCCUCCUCCUCAGAGAGCAGCCCUGCUGAGAAAAACUGAAGAGGCUGAUGUUCUGUCGAUGUCCCAGAAUGAUGUUUGACUUAUUUUAAUCACAUGUCUCGAGGAUGGAUGAUCGGGACUCUUUUACCUGAAUUGUUACUUAAAGGGACAGUUCACCCCGAUAUCAAAACCACAUACAGUAUGUCCCCUCCUUCCCGUAGUGCUGUCUAUCCAUCAGGAUAGAUUUCUGGAGGCCGUAAAGACGUCUGCCUUCUUUUCAGUCUUCGACACUUCACGUGUUGCUCAAAGCAACAAAAAUAUCCACUUGAUAAAGUCAACAUGUCUGUCGAGUCGUUACUCAGGAUCGUCCACAGACC